AUGGCCGUCGGAACGGUUGUCGAUCAGGUUGUCGAUGAUGAUGGUGAUGAUGAUGAUGAUGUCGAUGAUGCGGAGGAAAGUUCGUCUGGCUCCGACGACAAUGUCGAAGCCCGAGUGAGCAAGCUGGAGGAGGCGCUUGCUGCGUGUCUGCAGAGCAUGGAUCCGGUCGGGCCGGGCGUCAUUCAAGCCGUGCAAGCACGGCACGCCCUUUGGUGCUGCGGCCGCGCCUUCCGCAGGGGCCAUGCGCGCGCCCGCCGCAGCCGGCGUGUCAGCUUUUCGACGGGAAGGAUCCAGCAGUUUUGGAGCCACAGCUGGCAUGGCAGCACAUGGAACAAGAUCCUGACGGCAAUGUAUCUGCACAACGGAUGCAUGGCCUCGCUGAUCGCAACCAUCGUCGCCGCCAUCCCAAUGGUGCUUUUCACGCUGGAGCUCCUACCUAUGAGGUUUCAGGAGGAUCCGGAAUACCCAGCCACCAGCUACUGGACGAGGCUGGUGGGUUUGUUGACCUACUGCGCCGUUCUGGGCCUCUGGCAACCACGCAAGCACAUCUUUGUUGACAUCUUGUGCAUCGACCAGGGCAGCCCGAAAGCAAAGACGCAGGCGUUGCUCAGCAUGGGAGCCUUCCUCAAGUCCUCAGGCUCCCUGCUCGUCCUCUGGGAUCCCAGCUUUACGCAGAGGCUCCGGUGCCCCUCAACCCGAAACCCGAAACCCGAAACCCUAAACCCUAAACCCCUGAACCCUGAACCCUGA